GUUUACACAUAUAUAGAGAGAGAAAGAGAUAAACACAUAGUUUCUUCAACAGUUCAGAUGAAAGGAAUUCAAACCCUAAACCAGAUUCAUCAACAAAUCAAUCUUCCCCCAGGCUUCAGAUUUCAUCCAACGGAUCAGGAAUUAGUGGAACAUUAUCUCAUCCGCAAGUGUGCAUCGCAGCAGAUCUACGCCCCUGUUAUAGCAGAAGUCGAUCUUUACAAGUUCAAUCCAUGGCAACUUCCUGAGAUGGCUUUGUGUGGUGAGAAAGAAUGGUACUUUUUUUCACCGAGGGAUCGGAAAUAUCCGAACGGUUCACGGCCGAAUAGGGGAACCGGAGACGGUUAUUGGAAGGCGACCGGAGCAGAUAAACCGGUGGGUCAGCCGAAGGCACUUGGAAUAAAGAAAGCACUUGUUUUUUACACGGGAAAAGCUCCUAAAGGGGUUAAAACUAAUUGGAUUAUGCAUGAGUACCGGCUCGCCAAUGUGGACCGGUCUGCUGGCAAGGGCACUAAUUUAAAGCUAGAUGACUGGGUUUUGUGUCGAAUUUACAACAAGAAAGGCAAAAUCGAGAAGCCUGAGAAAAAAAUAACAACAAAUAUAAAGAUUGAGGACCAAAAUCAAAAUAUUACACAACACGUGUACAAUGGGAUGAUGACAGCGUGGCAGGUAGUUGGUGACACGUCAGAUUCAGCUCCCCUAGCCAAUACGAAUUCAAGCGGUGGUUCGGAUCAUUUGACAUCAUCACCCGAAUUCGUAUCCGAAGUUCAAAGUGAUUCUCCUAAAUGGGAUGACUUGGAAAGAACCCUUGAUUUUGGGUUUAAUUACAUGGAUACCCUUCCAGACAAUCUUUUUGAUAUGAGGUUUCAAUCAUAUGAAGAACAGUUAUUCCCUUAUCAGCAGCAGGACAUGUUCUUGCAAAUGCAGAAUCCUUUCUAAGCCGUCCGAUCAGAUCUUGUUGAGGAUUUUAGUAGCAUUUUUAUUUUGUAAUAUUAAAUGCAUAUGUAGUAGAAAAUUAAAAUUAGAUAGUGGAAGAGGGAUCUAAAUAACACUUGAUUCUUUGUUCACUUGAAUGGUAUUUUUGUAAUUUAACAAAUGUAAAUGUUUAAGAACUUUUUGGAAUUUAUUGAAAUGGUAUUCUUUGUUCUUAA